CCGAGCGGAGCCCGGCGGGGCACCCGCGCUGCCGGCGCCUCCCCGGUGCCCGCCGGGCCGGGCCGGGAGCAGGGCCAGAGGGAGGAUGACAUCGGGGCUCCUCUGAGCCAGCAGCGCCGAGGCAGAGCCAUGGAGUACGAGCUGCCCAACGCCACCGCCUUCUGGUUCUCCCCGGCCUCCCCCUUGGACAACUUCUCCCUGGAGGCGCCCGCCAACGCCUCCCAGAACGCCACGGGCCAGCACUUCGACCUGACCAGCAACGCCAUCCUCACCUUCAUCUACUUCGUGGUGUGCAUCGUGGGGCUGUGCGGCAACACGCUGGUCAUCUACGUCAUCCUGCGCUACGCCAAGAUGAAAACCAUCACCAACAUCUACAUCCUCAACCUGGCCAUCGCCGACGAGCUCUUCAUGCUGGGCCUGCCCUUCCUGGCCAUGCAGGUGGCCCUGGUGCACUGGCCCUUCGGCAAAGCCCUCUGCAGGAUCGUCAUGACCGUGGACGGCAUCAACCAGUUCACCAGCAUCUUCUGCCUGACGGUGAUGAGCGUCGACCGCUACCUGGCCGUGGUGCAUCCCAUCAAAUCCGCCAAGUGGAGGCGGCCCAGGACGGCCAAAAUGAUCAACGUGGCCGUCUGGGGCGUCUCCCUGCUGGUCAUCAUGCCCAUCAUGAUUUACGCCGGCGUGCAGCACAACCACGGCAGGAGUAGCUGCACCAUCAUCUGGCCGGGAGAGUCGGGCGCCUGGUACACGGGGUUCAUCAUCUACGCCUUCAUCCUGGGCUUCCUGGUGCCUCUCACCAUCAUCUGCCUUUGCUACCUGUUCAUCAUCAUCAAAGUCAAGUCCUCGGGCAUCAGGGUGGGCUCGUCCAAGAGGAAAAAGUCCGAGAAGAAAGUCACCAGGAUGGUGUCCAUCGUGGUGGCCGUCUUCAUCUUCUGCUGGCUCCCCUUCUACAUCUUCAACGUCUCCUCCGUGUCCGUCAUGAUCGUGCCCACGCCCGUCCUCAAGGGCAUGUUCGACUUCGUGGUGGUGCUGAGCUACGCCAACAGCUGUGCCAACCCCAUCCUCUACGCCUUCCUGUCCGACAACUUCAAGAAGAGCUUUCAGAACGUGCUGUGCCUGGUCAAGGUCAGCGGCAUGGACGAGGCCGACCGCAGCGACAGCAAGCAGGACAAGUCCCGCCUCAACGAGACCACGGAGACGCAGCGGACCCUGCUCAACGGCGACCUGCAGACGAGCAUCUGAGCGAGGCAUGGCGGGGUUUGUCCUGCCUGCGCCCCUCCCCGGCUGCUGCAGGGGUGGCACCAGGGCUCAGGGCAGCGGUGCCACCUGAGGGGACAGCUGGCAGUGCCCCGUGGCAUCGGGGCUCCUCUGCUGGGCUCCUCUCUGCUGGGCUGCAUUCCGAGUGCUGGGAAGGAUAUACGGGUCAGGAGGAGCCGCCUCGCCAGGAAAACAAAGACAACUCGCGGCCACACCAAAGUGCCACCAAAGUGGGCACAGCGGGGUCCCCCGUGCCACUCUCGGGGCCGGCUCGCUUUGUGGCUCUGCCCCUGGACACAGCGUGGGACCCCAGGAGGAGCCGAGGCCACAGGUGUGUGACAGAGUGGGGACGCACCUGCUGGGAUCUCCCGGCGAGUGUCCCUGCCGAGGCCACCAGGAUGUUCGGGAUUGCGUUUUCCCGGGUUAAUCCUUGUUCUGCCGCAGCCCUCUGCCCGGAGGGGACACGCCAGCACGGAGGGGACACCCCCACGGGAAGCAGCCGUGCCCCUCUGACGC